AUGGGGAAGAAGAAGAAGAGGGCUUCAAAGGUGUGGUGUUACUAUUGUGAUCGGGAGUUCGAUGACGAAAAGAUUUUGGUUCAGCAUCAGAAGGCUAAGCACUUCAAAUGCCAUGUCUGCCACAAGAAACUCUCCACUGCCGGCGGCAUGGCCAUUCACGUGCUUCAGGUUCACAAAGAAAGCGUCACCAAGGUGCCCAAUGCAAAACCUGGUAGAGAGUCUACAGAUAUUGAAAUAUAUGGGAUGCAAGGGAUUCCGCCAGAUAUCUUGGCCGCCCACUACGGAGAUGAUGAGGAUGAAGCUCCAUCAAAAGCAGCCAAAGUGGAUAUCCCAUCAACUCAGCUUGUAGGUGGUGUUGUCCCAGCACCAUUAGGCAUGGGAUAUCCUCAGUCAACCUUGGGUACUAUGCCACCUAUUUAUAAUCCAGCGGUACCUGUGCCUCCUGCCACUUGGUCAGUUCCACCUCGACCUCAGCCUUGGUAUCCGCAACCUCCAUCUGUUUCCACCCCUCCUGCCCCAUAUGUACAGCAGCCAUUAUUUCCUGUCCAGAAUGUGAGGCCACCUCUACCAUCAACUGCUUCUCCUGCCCUUCCAACUUCUCAAGUUGCUCCUCCUGGAUUGCCUCCAACAUCUGCUCCAGUUUCACAACCAUUGUUUCCUGUUGUUGGAAAUAACCAUACGAUGGCCCAAAGUUCAACAUUUUCUGCACCAUCACUUUCUACCACUGUUCCAUCUUCAUUGCCUUCAAGUACCUCUGCUGAUGCUUAUUCCAGUGCUAACACAACUUCGACAAAUAAUUAUCAAACACUAGGGGUUCCAGGAGGGACAUCAAGCAACUCGCAUUCUUAUGCUUCUGGUCCAAAUACUGGUGGACCUUCAAUUGGACCACCCCCAGUAAUUGCAAACAAAGCUCCUGCGACUCAACCAGCCACUAAUGAGGUCUACUUAGUUUGGGAUGAUGAGGCAAUGUCCAUGGAGGAAAGAAGAAUGUCCUUGCUAAAAUACCAGGUGCAUGAUGAAACUAGCCAGAUGAGCUCCAUUGAUGCAGCUAUAGACAAGAGGAUACUUGAAAGCAGGCUAGCUGGUCGAAUGGCUUUUUAGAACAAUCUGAGCCAUGUGUUGUCAAAUUUGUUCACUGCUGAUGGUGUUAGAACAUUAGAGUUUAUUUUCCGAGAUUCUGGUGCAGUUUCAUCAUUCUUUGCUUGGAGUUUCCAUUUACCAACCUAGCGGUGCUAUUCUUGGCAAAAAAAAAAAAAAGAAAAAAAGAAUUUGGAGACUCUUUUGUACCUGGUGGGGCGGGGUUAGUUAAGGUAAAAUGGUAUCUCAUAGAAAGUUGCAGGACGCCGGUGGUCUUCUAAUAUCCUUUUUCUCUCUUUUUUAGGCAUAGGGAAAUGAUACCUUGUAGAACAGAUGGCUCCAAAUCGAGUUUGGAAAUAUCAUUUCUAUGUCCUUUUAUAUGUUUCA